AUGAGCUCACCUCCUUCUCCUGAGAGUACAGACUCCUCCCCUGAGAGAGACUUCCCACCAAAUCCCAUAUUGCCCCCAGCCAGCCUUCCACAAGACAGUACUUUACCUACCAUCCAAAAGGAGGUGUUACCGAUUCAUAGUGAAGAUAUCUCAAAGCCUGCACCCCAGGCAUUGGCCCCAUCAGACCAGAGUCUGCUCAGGCAAGACACUGUAGAGACCACCACUACAACUCCUAGUGUCCCAGCUGUGGUGCCCAUGACAAAGGACAGACCGGUGUUGAGUGCGAGUUGGUGGGAAGCAGUCAGGCCCAGGGAUGCUGUGGCCCAGGCCUCACUGCUGCGAUCCCGCACCCUGGUGAAGAGAGUCACCUGGAACCUGCAGGAAGCAGAGCGCAGCCCCCCAGCCCUGGACAGAGAUCCAAGGUUGACUACAAGGCAUCCACACUCCCUGUCUGUUGGGUCCUCAGGGACACCACUUCAGAGGCCCCAAGGAGACUGGGAUGCAGAGGACAGGGCCCUCAUAGGAUUUCAGCAGGCACCAUUCUCCGAGUUGCCCCCUCCCAUCCAUGUGCCCCAGGAGUCUGGAUUACCUGAUGCAGAUCCUUCUCAGCCCCCUGGGGGUAUUCUUGCCCAGGUUUACAGCCCCAACAUGCCACCACCCUUGGCUCAGCCCUCAAGCAUCCUGCCCUAUGCACUGGUCAGCCAGCCCUCAGUCCAGUUGAUCCUGCAGGGGACCCUUCCCCUAGCAGGCUGCGGUACAGCACAGAGCCUGGCACCAGUGCCCACAAUGCCAGCUACAGUCUCAGAGCUAGCUGUUCCAACCACCAACAACUCAGAAGAAAGGACCGCUACUCCCAAAACACCUGCUGAGAAGACCAAAAAGGAGGAGUACAUGAAGAAGCUGCACAUGCAAGAACGGGCUGUGGAGGAGGUGAAGCUGGCCAUUAAACCCUUCUACCAGAAGAGAGAAGUGACCAAGGAGGAGUACAAGGACAUACUAGUUUCAGACUUCAGUGAUGAAGGAGCUCUGAAGCUGAACAGUGGCAACAGUUACACAGCAGUGAGCAUCUAUCUAACACCGGGAAGAUCUAGCUGCCACCUCCCCGCCCCAGAAGGCCCACAGAGACCCACAGAGCAGCCCCCGAGGCUGUGCGGGCAAUGCUUCAGUAGAGUUGAGGACCUAGCUGUGUUAGACCCACCAGAGUCCGGUGAGUGCUCCUACUGUGACAAGUGA